AUGAUACCACUUUGUUUGUGCACAAGUGGUCUGCCGUCUGGUCUCUCAACCGAAGACUUAAAAGAAAGGCUUGAGUUAGCGGCGGCUCAGGUCUUAUCGCAACACCGUUUUCAUACCAAUUAUGAAGACUAUCGGCAAGAGAUCGGCGAUGAGGGCGACAAUGGAAGGAGUCUCGAAAGGUUUAAGAGAUCGUUGAUGUCAGACAUACCACACCUGAACCGCACGAAUGGACUGAUUCCCGAACCGGAACUGAUUAGAGCGCAAAAGAUCUCGGAUGUGAUGACAAAUCUUAAGGAAAGGUAUGGCUUUCAGAAGAAUUACUACCAAACGGUAAUGAACUCAAUCAAGUCGGCCGUCAAAUCAAAUACUAAGUCAGUGGUCAUGACAUCGAGUCUAAUCAGAAAUCUAACAGUUAUUUCGGGAAUAAAUGCCAAACAAAUAAAAUCGCUGACAAAUAUUGUUUGGCAGAACUCGCGGCUGACUAUUGAGGACUUGAAGUUUCAUUUCAAAGAUCUCGCGAAUCUAAUCAUUGGUGUCGACCGGAGAAUUGCGGGUCUUUUUCAGGCGACUAAUGAUGUAGUUUUGCGGAACAGACCGACGAUUAUCAUCGGACGCAAGCGCUUUGUCGGACACAUUGAGAUGCCCUUAUUAAACGUUACAUCAGUAGACAUGGUGUCUGUCGGUCCGCAAAACUUGCAGCAACUGAUGAGUAAUCUAUACCGAAAAAGUAGACCGAAUCUCAUUAAAGGCGUUAAACAUGUGGUGAAACCAAAUUUGGUGAAAGCCUUUCUUAAUUCUCGUCAAAUAAACGGAAUUGACUUCAGGAAUCAAAUUGUGACCACAAAUACACCGCAAACUAUCACUGGUCUAGUCGUCUACAGAUCGCAGUUAACUGUUGGCAAAGAUCUCAAUAUCAAUGGAAGAAUCAAUGGCCUCAAAGUGGAAGCGGAUCUCGUGUUUCUUAAUCGCCCGCAAACAGUGAUGUCUCACAAGAUAUUCACAUCGCCUCUGGUUAUCGCAAAUCGUGUCAACUCUUUAACCAUCGAUGGCAUCGAUUUACCAAAAUUAACUCAAAGCGUUCUCCUCUCCAACGGAUUCCGACAAAUAAUUGAAUCAAAACUCGUAUUUCUAAAGCCAUUGAACACAAAGAGUAUAACCGUUAACGGAAUGGUCAACAAAAUUGACAUCUCAUUAAUGGCCAAUCAAUUGGUUUAUAAGAACCGACCCGUUCUGAUCCGCGGACGAAAACUCUUUAUAUUGGAUGACAUUCUCAUUGAUAAUAAUUUGUUUGUUGGAAAACAUUUGGACGGUUUUGCCAUUCCUUCGCAUUUAUUGCUGAGAACUAGAAAUCAGGUAAUUACAGCUCCAAAACACUUCAGAGGAAUCGUUAGAUUUGAAGGCAAAGUAACAGCUAAUGGUCUGGUCGAUGGACUCCGUCUGCCUCAAGAUGUGGUGACACUCACUGGCGAAGACACUAUUGUCGGUUCCGUAACGUUUGUCCGCGGAAUUGCAGUCAACCAAGACAUCGAUGCCCGCCGUCUCGUCGAUGGCGUCGAUAUAUCAGAGUUAAGACAUUAUACCUUAAAACAAAAUGAUAAGCGCAUUGAAAGCACUGUUCACUUUCGUAACGGCGUUACUGUCGGCGCCAUUGAAUUGAAUGGUGAUGUAAACGGUGUUAAUUUUGGUCAUCUCUUUCGGGAAGCAAUCUUCAGAAACAGUCGUAAUGUUACCAUAAGUGGGACCAAAAUAUUUGACUCUCACGUUCAGAUGAAACAGUUGUUCGUCGAUUUGGUGAAUGGCGUCCACUUAUAUGACUUGCUGUCCACUAACAAGAAUGAGACCAUUUUGAUGCCCAAAGUUUUCUUAUCCGAUACUUCAUUCAAAUCACUUUUUGUCAACGGUUUGGUCGGAGGCGUGAAUAUCGGGAAUCUGUAUAAUAACCGCAUAUCUCUCACAAAGCCUGAAACUAUUACUGGUCUCAAGAAUUUCAUCGAUGAAGUGGUUAUUAGCGAUUAUUUGUCUCUUAAUAAGAUGAAUGGAUUGACACCGCAAACAGAUUUUGUACUAAAAUCAAAACCAAAUCAGAUAAUUAACGGCGAAAAAAUAUUUACAAAAACUGUGUCCGCAAACAAAGUGGUGGCAAAGAAUCCGACAAUAGUUAAGGGAAAGAUUGACAAUCAAAAGAUUAAUGACCUGAGCUCUAGAGUCAUACCACUUAACGCUAACUAUACACUACCAUUGACUGUCGUUUUGGUUAAUUGUAACUCGACUUACAUUCAAGUCUUUGGAGACAUGAAUGGUCUGAAUGUAACGCAUUUCGCAAAUAAUGUCAUGUCAUUGACUAAAACGCAAACAGUUUUCGGACCGAAAUUCUUUAGAGGAGAGCAGACUUUCUCAUCGAUUCAGACAUCGAAAGGAAUUUCUGGCAUUUCAUUAUCAUAUUUGAACGAAAAUGCUGUCCAUCUGAAUAAGUUGUCUCACAUCCGAGUGCCCAUUAUUUUCACUCAUGCCGUUGUCUUCAAGAAACCUCUGGCGCUGAACGGAGUGCUGAAUGGCGUGAAUAUCACUUAUUUGGCAAACGAUGCCGUCUAUAAGAAUAUCAAUAACUUAAUAUACGGUCAAAAU